AUGCCCUCCUUCGUAAACGACGAGAACACGCCCGUUUACCCCCCGCAUGCUGGAGUCAUCCACCUCGACGGCACCCACGCGCCGCACUACCCCGUCAAGCAGGUGCCGCCCCGUCCCUCGGCCCCAGCCAACGGCCGCCCGGACGACGACGCCUUUGACGAGUUCGACAACUCCUCCUCGCAUUCCUCAGACACCUCGGACCCGCGCGCGCGAGUGAAUGGGGACAGGGACUCGGCACCGCGUGCGACUAUGACCCCCCUGGCCAACGGUGCUCAGCCGUCCAGAGGACUGAUGAACGGUGUCAGCCCCGGUGCCAGUGGCGGCGUCCACAACGCCAACGUCGACGCGAAGAGAAGUCAGAACACUCCCAAUGGACGGCCGUAUGCCACAGCUGAGAGGCAAUCCACCGAAUCGCGACCCAUGAUGAACGGCAGAUCGUCAACUUCCUCGUCCGCCCCGACAAUAAACAUACCACCCCAAAAUCAGUACUACAAUAUCCCCGAUGGUGCACCACCCAAGCGAGGCUCCGUUGAGUCGUCAGGACGCACCUCGUUACAGCAAACACCAGUCGACGCGGUCUCGUCCAAGCCACUCACCAACGGCGACAGGACGCCCAGAGCGUCGCAUGAUACGUCUUCCACCGGCUUGCAGAACUCUCCCAGCAACCCGCCAACACUGUCCGCCACGCCUGACCCGUAUCAGCAACAAUCACAGCCUCCCCACCGCUUCUCUUCGCCGCCGCACUUCCAAUCGCCCGGAGCAAACCCUUCUGGUUCGGCAUCCAAUCUUCAACCCCCCAAUCAGCUGAAACAUCGGCACACCCUCGAGGUACCAAAGGUCCAGUCUGGCAGGGGCUCAAGGGACGGUUUGGCGGAUGCAGCCUACGCCAGUGGCCGCUUCUCACCAACAGUAGCCGGGUCUAGCGGACGUAGGGCGUCGCUGAGUCUGGGCCGUAGGAACACCCGCUCGCUGCACUCCGAGGUGCCUCGCGACGAGGUACCUUUGGAUGACGACGCCAUGAGGUGGGCGGAAGCGUACCGGCAAAAGCGGGCCAAGAAGAAACGCAAGGAGGAGCUGGACGAUGACAAGGUCUUGGUGGGCACCAAGGUGGACGAGAGUCACGCAAACUGGACUACUGCCUACAACAUGUUGACCGGCAUUCGGGUAUCCGUGUCGAGGACCAACGCCAAGCUGGACCGGCCCCUGACUGAUGCCGAUUUCGAGGCCAAGCAGAAGUCCACCUUCGACAUUACUGGGAACGAGUUGGUACCUUCAGCCAAGUACGACUUCAAGUUUAAGGACUACGCGCCCUGGGUUUUCCGGCAUCUGCGUGCACUCUUUAGGUUGGACCCCGCCGAUUACCUGAUGUCCCUGACUGGCAAGUAUAUUCUGUCCGAGCUUGGUUCUCCGGGAAAGAGUGGCAGCUUCUUCUACUUCUCGAGGGACUACAAGUACAUCAUAAAGACUAUUCACCAUGCCGAGCACAAGUUCUUGCGGAAGAUUCUGAAGGACUACUACAACCACGUCACCGACAACCCGAACACCCUGCUCUCCCAGUUUUAUGGCCUCCACCGCGUCAAGAUGCCAUGGUCUGGCAAGAAGAUUCACUUCGUGGUGAUGAAUAACCUCUUUCCCCCGCAUAGAGAUAUCCACCAGACCUUUGACCUCAAAGGUUCGACUAUUGGCCGGGACUACAAGGAGGAAGACCUCGAGAAGAACCCCCGCGCGACUCUGAAGGAUCUCAACUGGCUGCGUAGGAAGAGACAUUUGGAGAUGGGGUUGGCCAAGAAGCAAUUGUUCCUCCAGCAACUACAACGAGAUGUGCGCCUGAUGCAGAAACUGCAGAUUAUGGACUACUCCCUUCUCAUCGGCGUGCAUGACCUCAAGAAGGGCAACGAGGAGAAUCUCAGGGGCAAGACCCUCCAGGUCUUCAACCCUGGUGGCGACGACGGGGCGGACGAGCUCGAUCCUCACCAGGUUCUUAUGCGAACCCCAUCCAAGCUGGAAAGCGCGCGUAAGGCCAGAGAACUGAGGCAGAUGAUUAAGGCUGAGCGGCCUGUUCCCAUGGGCCAGAGCAAAUCCCCAAUGCCUGAAGAGUUGGAUGAGAACUACGGCCGAGGUGGCAUUUUCUACAGUGACGACGGCGGCCUCAGGGCUACACAUGAAGACAAUACCCCUGGAGAAGAGGUUUACUAUCUCGGAGUCAUUGACUGUCUCACUCACUAUGGCGUUAUUAAGAAGAUAGAGCACUUCUGGAAAGGUCUUUCCAGUGAUAGAACUCAGAUUUCUGCCCUUCCGCCGGUCGAAUACGGCGAACGUUUCAUCAAAUUCAUGGCAGGUGUGACCAUGUCCCCUGAAGAAGCAGAACGUGACCAGCGAGAUCGCGAAGCAGCCGCAGAGGCCGCGGCCGCCUCCGAGGAAGCUGAUGUCGCACGUCAUGACAGUCAGCGCAACUCUCAAGGCGCCCCUCCAGUUCCCACAUACCUGCCACCAGCUCCCCCUGGCAUGCGCAGCCCGAAGUCACCGGAGCCUAACCCAACCGUCGAGAUGGCGCUGAGGAAGGCCACUCAGAAGGAAAAGAACGUCGCCAAGGAGGACGAGGUACCUGAGAGAACCAUUACUACAUCUUCUGCGAACGCUCAGGGAAAGGGCAAUGCUCACGCGGUCCUCCCAGUGGUUGAGGAAACGGCAGAGGCCGCCAGUAUUGUCAGCGGCAUCAGCGCCAGGAGCCACGGUGACCAUGCCAGUGGAAAUAGACCCUUCACCCCCAGUCUCAUGGAGACGCCUGGAACGAUGAGGGCUGAUGGGUUUACCGACCUUGGUCCGCAUGGAAUAGGAGGCAGAGGGCCGCCGACCCCGCCGAAGAGCAGCUACCUGGAUCCGACGGCCAGAUUUGAAGGAAACAGAGGCCGUAGUGACAGUGGAGCAAGCACAGGCAAGGGGUUGCGGAAAGUCAUCAGCAGAGACAGUCUGGAGAAAGACCUGCCACCUUUGCCUCAGGGGCAUUAG